GUCCAAGAGUUCGCACUGGAUUCAUAGAAGCUCCGGUUAUUUCCCUGAGAGAUAAGGAGUAGAGGCUUAAUGAGUGUCAUAACUUUCUAUUGCAGGAUUCACAGAUUUUUACCCUCUAGCAACAACACUUAGGAGUUAAGGCUACGUGAGCUCAAAAAAAGAAAAGUUAUUUUUCUCUAUUUUCUUUUCUUUUCCCUUUCAAAUUCUUUGAACUAAGCACAGUGUAAGGGCGAAAAAGAAACUGUAAAAGGAAUGUGCAUGUAGAUGUUGAAAUUACCCAGCUAUAAGAAUGUUGAGUGCGACAGUGGCUCCCACUGCAAUCCCUGCAAGCUCUCCAACCUGGAUGGAGAGACCCCAUGCUUACAGCUCGAGUGUCGGUGGAAACCGCUGUAACAACAAACAUAAGGUUGAAGGUGAUGAUGAAUUCCAAGGAAAAAGCUUGAAGGCAAUUGCCACCCCAACCAGAAAAAGAAGGAACUGUUACACCUCCACCCCCCAUUAUGGGAUGGAAAACUGCCCUUACUAUGAAUCCUGCCCCCAAUGAUGCCAUCACUUGUGCCCCAAUGUACACAGGGAAAGUGUUUGAGAGCAGCAAAGGCAAGAGUGACAGCUGGAUUGAGAUGAGCCCCAGAGAUGUGUCCAGUGGAAAGAAUGAUAAUCAUAACAGCAAGACCGGUCGAUCCAGCGAGUCCUACCAACCCUUCACUUCCUUUCCUUUCUUCAUUGACAACGGCUGUUGCGGUUCCUGCAAAUAUUAGUAUCAUUGUCCCUAUGAACUCCGCUCCAACCUGUUACGAACAAAAAAAGAAAAAGAAAACAGAAAACCCACAUCACACUUGCUAUCUAGUGGUAAAUUUCAUGUGAUUAUUUGUCUUGCCUUUCUUGCUAGAGACACAGGAGGAGAGGGCAAUGUGCAUGAGACAGAAGGCAAGCUUCCUUCCUCUAAAUCCCAUCCUUUCACAUUGAAGCACUUGCAGCUCUUGAGAAAGGAGUUUUUAUUGACAUUCCCGCCAGUGCCCUUUUCGCGCCUGAACCUUGUGAACAGUGGAGCACCGGGAGUGGCUGGUGUCGUCGUCGUUGAAGGCGCUGAUAAAGAAGCCUCUUCUGAUUCCAUCACUACUACCUCAAAGUGGAACCUCUAUAUAGGAUCACAGAUUCACAGAUGCAAUUAAAGAAAGAUGAGGGCG